CCUUAAAUCCGAGAGGAAAAGAGGCAAGAGAGAUUGAUUAGAUUAGGGUUUCUGAUUAGUAGCCCCUAAACCUUAAUUUUAAUCUGAUUGAGUCCCAGCUUCUGGAGGUUCCCGAUUCCGAUCAUGGCGUCAUCGGUCUGCAUUAACGAGGCGUUGACGGACGACGAGCUGAGAUGGGUGUUGUCGAGGUUGGACAGCGACAAGGACAAGGAGGUGUUCGGUCUCGUCUGCAAGAGGUGGCUGCAUCUGCAGAGCACCGAGCGGAAGAAGCUUGCGGCGCGUGCGGGUCCACACAUGCUCCGCCGCAUGGCCGCGAGGUUCACUCGCCUCGUCGAAUUAGACCUGUCUCAGUCAAUCUCCAGGUCUUUCUACCCCGGAGUCACCGAUUCUGACCUCUCUGUCAUCGCCGAGGGAUUCAAGUGCUUGAGAGUCCUCAGUCUGCAGAACUGUAAAGGUGUUACAGAUACUGGGUUGGCAUCACUUGGAUCUAGUCUCUCUUCUCUGCAGUUUUUGGAUGUAUCCUACUGCAGAAAGCUCACCGAUAAAGGAUUAUCCGCUGUUGCAGAAGGCUGUCGUGACCUAAGGACUUUGCAUCUCGCUGGAUGCCGAUUUAUCUCAGACAAAUUAUUAAAAUCACUGUCCGAGAGUUGUCGUGAUCUGGAAGCUCUAGGACUUCAAGGCUGCAGCAAUAUUACUGAUUUAGGCCUGAGUGAUCUUGUAAAAGGCUGCCGGAAGAUAAAAUUCUUAGAUAUCAACAAGUGCAAUAAUGUUGGAGAUGCUGGGGUAUCCGGUGUUGCUGAAGCUUGUGCCUCUUCCCUUACGACACUGAAGCUGUUGGACUGUUACAAAGUCGGGGACGAAUCUAUAUUAUCUUUGGCAAAAUUUUGCAGGAAUCUACAAACUCUAAUAAUUGGUGGUUGCCGUGACAUCUCUGACAAAUCUAUAAAACCACUGGCUGCUUCCUGUAGAGACAGUCUCAAGAACCUGAGAAUGGAUUGGUGUUUGAAUAUAACUGACUCUUCCCUGAGCUGCAUUCUCAUGCAGUGCAUAAACUUGGAGGCUCUUGAUAUCGGUUGCUGUGAAGAGAUCACCGAUGCUGCUUUCCAGGAUUUGGGGAAUGGCAACGUGUUGGGUUUGAAGGUUUUAAAGGUGAGCAAUUGCCCGAAGAUCACGGUGUCAGGGAUAGGCUUGCUUUUGGGGAAGUGCAGUUCCCUGGAGUAUCUCGACGUAAGGUCUCUUCCACAUGUGACGAAAGGGAGAUGCGAUGAAGCUGGGCUGGUAUUUCCAAAAUGUUGUAAAGUAAAUUUCGUGGGAAGUUUAAUUGAGCCAGAUGUGCUGCUCUGAAGAUUAUGGGGUUCAGAGGUUGGGGUUGGGGAAAAUAUCAUGGGCCCUUCAAAGACAUUUCGGGGUUUCACUACCCUCUGGAAUCUCACUGGUGCAUUUACUCUUAUGUGUGAUGGUCCAUCAGUGAGAUUUCUCAAGCUCUGUACAUGCUGUGCAUGAAAAUUUGAUUGCGGUUGGUUUGUUAUAUACAUCAACACCACUUGCAAUGUGUUCCUAUUGUUGGCAUAUACUAUCUCUGUCCUGGUCUCCAUGGAUGGACCUGCACUGCAUCUCCCUCUAAUAAAAAGUUUGAGCCUUUGAUA